AAAGAGGAACUCCAACAUUACCACCCAGAGUAGCGGCAGGGACCUGGGAAGGAGGAGGAAAAGUGCACGGGAACGUGAUGAGCGAGCGCCUGGGGUUUCCGAGGGACAUAUUUUGAGGUUGCACGCGGCUGAUGAUGGCUGAAACAACUUCUCAGCCAGAACCGCCAGCACCUCGGGAAAUCAGUAGCGAAUUUAAGAAGCCUGUUUUGCCGGUGCCUCUGGCAGUGCGGAGUAAGGCUCCGGCCUCCAAUCCCUCAGUUCCUGAGGAUGUGAAGACGGAAUGCCCCACGGAGUUGCUGGACUCCGGAUGUGGGGAGCCCGAGGCCCCGCCGCCUCAGCCGGACAGCGGGGAGACUGGGAGUCCACCGGCGGAACAGCUCCGCCCCCCGCGGGUAGCUCCUGCUUCUGGCGGUCCGGCCCGGGCCCCCCCAUACCAAGAACCAUCGUGGGGUAGCCCAACCACGGCCCCCUACAGUCUCGAAACCUUGAAAGGUGGCACCAUCCUUGGCACCCGCAACUUGAAAGGGAUGAGCUGCUGCCUUUUCGGGAGACUUGCUAGCUGUGACAUAAGCCUGGAGCAUCCUUCUGUGUCUCGGUACCAUGCGGUGCUACAGCACCGGGGGUCGGAUCCCGACGGAGAAUCUGAUGGGCAUGAGCAGGGCUUCUAUAUCUACGAUCUGGGAAGUACCCACGGCACUUUCCUCAACAAAACUCGCAUCCCACCCCGCACUUACUGUCGAGUCCACGUUGGGCACGUUUUUCGUUUUGGAGGCAGCACUCGGCUCUUUAUCCUUCAGGGACCAGAGGAAGACCGAGAGGCAGAAUCUGAGUUAACAGUAACACAGUUGAAGGAACUGCGCAAACAACAGCAGAUGUUAUUGGAGAAGAAGAUGCUAGGUGAAGAUUCCGAUGAAGAAGAGGAAGCAGAUACCACUGAAGGGAAGAGAAACGCUAGUGGUCAAGAUGAUGAGAUGGGCUGCACGUGGGGAAUGGGAGAAGAUGCUGUAGAGGAUGAGGCUGAAGAGAACCCCAUUGCCUUGGAGUUUCAGCAGGACCGGGAAGCCUUUUAUAUAAAGGAUCCAAAGAAGGCUCUCCAAGGCUUCUUUGACCGAGAAGGAGAAGAAUUAGAAUAUGAAUUUGAUGAGCAGGGGCAUAGCACUUGGCUCUGCAGGGUGAGAUUACCUGUGGAUGAUUCAACUGGGAAACAGCUGGUGGCUGAGGCCAUUCACUCAGGGAAGAAAAAAGAAGCGAUGAUACAGUGCUCCCUUGAAGCUUGUCGGAUCCUUGAUACAUUGGGAUUGCUGCGGCAGGAAGCAGUAUCUCGGAAAAGGAAGGCCAAGAACUGGGAGGAUGAAGAUUUUUACGAUAGUGAUGAUGACACAUUCCUCGAUCGGACAGGCCUGGUUGAGAAGAAGCGCCUGAACCGCAUGAAGAAAGCUGGGAAGAUUGACGAGAAGCCAGAAACGUUUGAAUCACUGGUUGCAAAGUUAAAUGAUGCUGAAAGAGAACUCUCUGAAAUUUCUGAGAGGCUCAAGGCCUCCAGCAAAGUUCUAUCAGAAUCAUCAUCUCAGGAUUCUUUAGAUGCAUUCAUGUCAGAAAUGAAAUCAGGGAGCACAUUAGAUGGUGUGUCCAGAAAGAAACUUCACCUGAGGACUUUUGAACUAAGGAAAGAACAACAGAGACUUAAAGGGUUGAUAAAACUGGUAAAGCCAGCAGAGAUCCCAGAACUUAAAAAGACUGAACUUCAAUCUACAAAUGCAGGAAACAAAGCUAAAAAACUUGCAUUGCCUCUCUUUGGUGCCAUGAAAGGAGGAAGCAAAUUCAAAUUAAAAACUGGAACAGUAGGGAAGUUGCCACCCAAGCGUCCAGAACUCCCUCCAGCUUUAAUGAAAAUGAAGGAUGAGCCUGAAGUGGAAGAGGAGGAGGAAGAGGAGGAAGAAGAGGAGAAAGCAAAGGAGGAGCAUGAUGAGCAGAUGGAGGAUGGAAGCAUUCGGCUCCCUCAAGAGACAGAGCUGGAAGCAGCAGUGCAGGACCCAGGUGCUCCCACAGAUCCCUCUUGCUCUAAGGAGACAAAAAGCCAUGAAAACAUGUCUCAACUCAGCCAAGUGGAACAGAGCAGAGAUUGUCAAGAGAUGGGCAAAAUAAUGUCAUGCGUUGAGGAUCCUUCAGUAGUACCAGAAAAUGAAUAUAAAAAAGUCGGCCAUGAGCUGAAGAAAAAGAAAGCUCCUGGUCCAAGCAAACUUCCGCCUAUACUUUCUUCCAAAUACCCUGAGGAUGACCCAGACUACUGCGUAUGGGUCCCACCUGAAGGUCAAAGUGGAGAUGGCAGAACCCAUCUUAAUGACAAGUAUGGUUAUUGAUUGGUUCAGAGUUCCAAAGGGAGACCUGUGGACUGCAGCAUAUCUGGGAUGGCGUAUUACACCAUGGCCAGCGAAGUUCAGAUGACCGUUUGUAAAAUCUGGUGACUGGCUUUUCUGUAUUCCUGACUUCCUAAAAUUGCCUGCCCAUUGGAUGCUCUGAAUGUUGGUUUUUGUAUAUAAGUGCUUGUAUAUAUAUGUAAAAUAAGAGACAUGACCCUAUUAUAAAAUGAGAAGGUGAUGAUGAUUUCCCCAAUGUUGAUUUAAAGUCAUAGCUUCCAAUAUAACUAAGGUCUUGUGCUAGUUCCUCUGUACUCUGGGUGACUCCCCCAGUGAAACUGGAUUGUCCUUAUGAUUCAGUGUUGGAUGACAGAACUGCUGAUACAAAAUAGCUUUCAUCUCAGGGGGAGUAAUAGUUUAUUCUUAGUCAAAUGUAAGGGUCCAUGGCUAAGGAACAUGAGUUCAGGUUGCCCCCAGGGACAUGGAAGUGGCUGUUUGAGCUUUUAUUAGUACAAAACAAAAGGAGGUCAUAACUCAGUGCAUAGACAGAAUACACUGGUGGAGACUGCAGGUGUGGGUUACAGUAGAGUGGGGAAGCUCCACUCUAGGUCUCAGACACCAUCUAAUAAUGUUCUUCACUUCUGGGCUGGUAGAAGCUGGUGGCCUACCAACAAUAUAUUCCAAACGUUGGUUUGUCAGAGGGUAGAGGGUCAAAUGCAGAGGUGACAGUCAGUGUCUAUUAAAGUGACCGAAAUAGCCUAUGAUAAUUUGUCUCUGGCUUUACAGCAUCCUAACUUUCUACAGUCGCAGAGUUCUAAUAAGGCAGUCAGUCGGCCUGGGAGAAUGUUCAGUGUGGGUAUAGCUUUUUUCCUGGGAACUUCUAAUAGCACUUCUGUUGGCCAACCAUUAUGUUUUGUUCAUGCAUAGGCUGAAUACUUUUUUAGCACCAUGAUCUAACCAACUGAGCCAACUGGCCAUUCCAAUUCAUAUCUGUUUCAUGGUGCUAUCAGGCCCAUUCUAGAGACCUGAUAAAGAUGAAUCUGGGCAGGCAGGAGGCACUCUUUGUAGAGAGAAAUAGUUGUAAAAACAAUUACUAAAAAGCCCUGGACAUAUUAGUAUUGUUAGCCAUCAUUAUCUGGGUCUUACUUUUCUCUUUUUUUAUCCUCUCCAUCUAAUGUUUAUACAGAUAUGAUAGGAAUACUAGAUCUACAAUUAAAGUAAGAACAGAGAAUGACCUAAAGAAGCAAAGUUAAGUCAGGCAUAAUGCAGGCCAUUUGUCCCAGCCCUUGGGAGGCAGAGGCAAACAGAUCUUUGUGAGUUGGAGGACAGCCUGUUCUACAUACAUAGUGAGUUUCAAGACAGCCAGGACUAUACAAACAGACCCUAUCUAAAAAACCAAGAAGGAGAAAUGGUAAAGGUUGCAGAUGAGGGAAACAGGCAUUUUAACCCUCUAAAACCUCUCUACCAUACUAUUCUUCAGCCAGACGGGAUAUGAUUUCAUUUCUAGUUCAUGAGGUUUUAUCUGUCUGUCUGUCUGUCUGUCUAUCUAUCUAUAAGCAGAGUUUCUCUGUGUAGCCUUGGCUGUCCUGGAACUCACUUUGUAGACCAGGCUGGCCUCGAACUUAGAGAUCCACCUGUCUCUACCUCCUAAGGAGAUUAUUAGGACUAAAAAUGUACACCAACAUGUCCAGCCCACUUUCUAAAUUUCUGUAGCACAGGAGGUGGUUAAACAUGUCUAAUAGGAAACCUUUUAUUUGAUUUGGUGUUAGCUCCUAUUUAUUUACUUAUUUGUUUUCUUUGAGUUCAUUGUGGAAAGAUUGCUUAUAUGGUACUUUGUCUGUUUUAUAGGAUACCUAGCAAUUGCUUUAUGAGGAAAUAAUUGAUUUCUAAAAUGGUUUGAUCCCAAAUUAGGAGACCAUUGAAUACUGUUUUGCAUAAGGAAACUAAAAGCUUUAGUUAAUUUUGAAACAGUUUGUUGUUUUUUUUUUUUUUAAAGAUUUUAUUUAUGUAUGUGAAUGCUCUAUCUCCAUGUACACCUGCACGACAGAAGAGGGCACCCGAUCUCACUAUAGAUUGUGAGCCACCAUGUGCUUCCUGGGAAUUGAACUUAGGACCUCUGGAAGAGCAGCCCAAGCUCUUAACUGCCAAGCCAUCACUCCAGCCCCUUGAAAUGGGUUUUUUUUUAUAGUGUCAUUUGUUUAACCAUCAAUCCAGAUGAUUAAAGUGUAAAAGGAACUUUUAUUUUCCUAGUUCAUUUGUGGGCUGGGAGGCUUACUGCCUCUGUCUGCUAACCUAGGCAUAGUCCUGAAAGCUUCCAUAUGAUCUAAUCUAGGCCUAGAAUGUUUUUAGCUUCUGAGACCUGCUGCUUAAUAAGCUCACCAUCUCUUGUUCUUUCUGCACUCUGUGCUGGCUGGUUCAACUCAGCGGUUCUGGCUCAAGCUCCUCUGCCCACUGACUUAUUCAAUCUGGCUUCUCUCUCGCCCUCUGAAUUGCUCUGCUUGCCCUCAAACUAACUCCAACAGUCUUUUCUAAUCUUCUGGCUCCCUUUCAUUCCCUGGCUCAUUGGGUCUUCACCUGUGUGUAGCUUGUUCUCUCAUUUAGCCUCUCUCUGUAACUGUCCUGGUAAAACUGCCCCUUAAAAAGCUUCCCUUUCCUCUCUCUUCCCUGUCAAAUCUUCCUGAUUUGUCACUUUUUCUGCCACUCAAUUAGACAUCACUUUCAAACAGACUUUCAUACUUCAUUGUUUGAGAUUAAAGGCAUGUACCAUCCAAGCUUUUCUUUACCUGAAACUUGCUUUAUAACAGGCUGGCCCUGAACUCAGAUCUGCUUGCCUCUGUCUCCUGGAUUAAAAGUGUGUUUGUAUUCCAGCCCUAUCACACAGACCUGGAAUGUUUUCAUAGGCCUUCGGAUGUGAUCUCUUUCCAGAAUAGCCAUGUUCUAAAUUAAAAUUCCUCUACAAAAUACAUGGGCCAAAUUUUACAAAUAGUUAAUAUUUGAUCAUUAGAUCGGUUUUACAGUUACCAUGCAGUUUAUCAGGAACACCCUGGUACAAGGUCUGCAAAGGACAGACAGGAAGGAAACAAUGGCCUUCUAAAAUAAAGGAGUUUUACAGAAUGGCGUGGCUAAUAAGUAGAAUUAAUUCUUUCUAAUAGCAACUACCCUACCCCUGAGGCUGGCUUUCUGACCUAGUGGGAAAACACAGACUUACCGGUGAAGCAGUUAGCAUUUGGAGGAAAUCUAAGAUAUCAGGUCCCUCAUUCAGUAAGGGAUAAAACAUAAAGUGUUUGUUCUCUCAGCCUUUUUUCUCCUUAAGGCAAGGUCCCACUGUAUCCCUGACUGGCUGGAACUCAGAGACCUGCCUGCAUCUGCCCCCUGAGUGCUGGGAGCCAUGGGAUGAAAGGUGCAUUGUCCCAUCUGGCCUAAGCUUGUUUUGGGUCUUCUUUGUUUUCUUUUUAAAUUUAACACCUUAAAUUUCAAAAAGUGAGUUAAAUUUGCUCUUACAUCAGAGCGUCAUUUAAUUUUCACCUGUGGAAGUUAAUAGUCUAAUCAUAGCAAACAUUUAUACAUAUUAUCAUUUAAGCUUUAUCUUGUACAAACCUCAUGACCUGGCAGACCUUUUGCAACAUACUUUCUGGUUUGGACCUUUCCUUCCCUUUUCUAUUUUAGGACAAUUCUUUCUUUUCAGAAAAAAAAAAAAAUCUGUAUUUUACAUCUAAAAAUCCUUUCUUAAAAAUAUUUUUCCAGUGGUGCACGCCUGUGCGUUUGAGGCCAGCCUGGUCUACAAAGUGAAUUCAGGACAUCCAAGGCUACACAGAGAAAAGAAACCCUGUCUUGAAAAGCCAAAAAAAAAAAAAAAAAAUCCUUAAAAAACCAUUUAUACCUUUCUCAACAUUUUUAUACCUUUCUCUCAUAUUUGAUAGUGGUUUUAUUUUUCUUAAAAAAUUUCUCAACUUAGGUAAUUUCCUUAUUAGGAAUAACUAUAUUUUCAUGAAAACCCAGGAAGCUGUAUGUAUACAGAAAAAAAAGACAUUUUAUCCGAAAUAUCUAAUAAUAAUGACAAGCAAAAAUAUGUUACUAUUCCUGUUGAUCUUUUUAUUUUCUUUUACCAACAAAUUUAAAUUAAGUUCUUAGGUUUUUUUUUUUUAAUAUUAUGAACUAGAAGGAAUUUGGAUGGUUUAUAAUACAUGAACGCUUAUAAGUCAGUCAGAAUCAAACCAUAGCAGGGAGUUAUUUAGUAAACAUACCAAAUAACAUACUGCCACAUCCAGUAUGCCUCAAGAUGAGGGAAUGAAGAGACACACAGACACAGGGAAAUGCUGGGAUCCCAAUGACUGGGCUCUGAUGAAGAAACUGCAGUACCCUGGAGGGUCAGUGUGUUUAUCAUCUACAGUUGAACAGGGAGGUGGGGUUGUAUACAGUUGAAUUCAGGAGGCAGCUCUAGCUAAUACUGGUAGACACAGUCUCUGUAGGAGAACAGUCAUCAGGCUUUAAAAUCCAAGAGGAGAAAGCUAUGGUGGGCUGUUGGCAUUAGUUUUUUAAAACUUUUAUUUACAUUUUUUAUUUUUUUUUCUUCCUACUCUACCCCAAUCCCUUCCAACACCCCAACACCAGGUAGGAGAGAGAAAGGGAUAGUGGGAGAGGGGGAGCAGUUUCUUAGUUGCUUCGUCUUGGUCAGGGUUGUUGGGUUCCUUGGAGCCAGUCCAGUCCUCAUUUUAGUACAUCUCCAUCUUCUUUUCUUAUGGCAGCAAAGCGGAAGCAGGAGAAGCCUUGUUUUUUCUCUUUUCCACACUCUCUGGGCUCUGGCAUUUAUUCUCUCUCUAGAGUCCUCAGGUUCAAACUAUCUGAAGCUGGCAAAGAGCUCCUCUCAGAGCUGGCAUGAAGCAAAUAGUCUGUUGCUGUGGACCAUCUGAAUCAGUCCCACAUCCCACACCUGGGACCAAAAGAAAACCAUGUUUAUAUCCACAACAGUGGACAUUUUCUGCAUAUGCUAUCAACAGUCACACUUGGACUCCUGAAGCAAAGCUUUGCAAGCCCUUUAAGCCUUAUGCCAUGACCAUGUUAACAGCACACAUUCAUGAACACUUCACUAAUUCUGGGCUUCCUCUGCUCCCCACAACAUGUCUAAAGACAGUAAACAUUGAUAGUCCCAAGAUGAUAUAACUUUCCUCUGAAACUUAGUUAUCAUAUGACAUAGUAGGCUAAGCAUGGUGAUGCACACCUGUAAUCCCAGCACUUGAGAGGCAAAUGCAGCAGGAUGACCACAGUUUCAAGGCCAGCAUGAUCUACAUAGAGUGUUCCAUAUCAGGCUGGGAUAUACAGUUGGAACCCUGUCUGAAAAAACACAGAGCAGUAAUUGUUGCAGGAUAGAAGUAUAGGUAGUCAGUCCAGGACAGUGGGUCAAGAAGUGGUUAAAACUUGAAAUCCUGGGAAAUGAGGCAUUUACAGGUGGAAGGAUGAGUGUGAUUUAACUGCCUGGUGCCCCCAGAACCAGAAAAUUAAGGGCCCUUGUUCAAACCGUGGAAGUAAAAGAAAAAGAAAAUCUUAGCAAUGUGUGUGUCUGUCCCUUAACAGAGAUGGACUUGAGAUAGUCAACUUGAGUAAUCACCGUUUGUAUGUUAGUUUUCAAAAGAAGCAAGAAAAGAAAUCCCCAGAUAGACCGAGGGACAGAAAAACAAAUAAGAAUGUCAGACCAUGGACAUAGGCCUACAGACAUAAAACAAAAUGACACAUAAACAGUUACAUGAAACUAGUAAUUGUCAUGAACACAAACAAAUCAAAACAACAUAAUACAAUUACAUUAAAUUACAAAGUACCCAAUAGAGAGAACCAAAGUAGUAAAUUUAUGGUCAUGUCCUUGAGAUGUAAGAAGGCCCAGAGAAAAGCAGAAAGGUCAAAAGAUGAAACUUGUCAGUGUAAAUUAAUAGCUUCCCCUGUUUGAGAGCAACAGAGGGAGCUGCCCUUGCAUGUGGAAAUUUCUGAUUCAUUAGGAAAAGCCAGAGAACACUGGUUUGUAAGUUAAUAAGGUGAUGUACAAAUCUUAAGAAAACUUACAAAUUUUUUAAUUUAAAUCUUCAGGAAGCCAGGGCAUAGUGGCCUUUAAUUCCAGAACUCAGGAGGCAGAGGCAGGCUGAUCUCUGAAUUUGAGGCCAGCCUGGUGUAUUGACAGAGAAGAGAGGGAGCGAGGAAAGAGAGGAAAACCCUGUCACAAAAAGAAAGGCAGACAAUGUCACUUUCCCAUGUCAUUUUGACUCUCCUUUCCUGUAUCAUAAUAAAACUGCAUUUUAUUCUGAGGAAAAAAAAAAUCUCAGGGAUAAUAGAAACAAAUUGGGAUAGGAAAAAAAAAUAAAAAGAAAAGAGCCCAAGAAAAGGUACAAAAAACAGAUAUACACAGAGAGACACAAAGAUGCACUCAUUCACACAUUCAGGAAUCCCAUUUAAAAAAAACCUGGAAGUCCUAUAUUUGCGAAAUCUGCAGGGUUAGAAAAUAAUAAUAAAGAUUAAGAAAAAGCCCCAUGUGCUACCUCAGUCCCACAGUGCCUUGAUAUGACUCAAAAAAUCCCAAAAUCGGGGUUCUCAGCCCAGUUUUUGUCCAGGGAUUAGAUACCAUCGGUAUCUCUGCUCCCUCUAGGAUUUAUCUGAGCAGUAUUAUAAUUUUUCUUUGUUACAGAUUUUUCUUCUGUGUGGGGCUUAGUGGAGAAGAGAUGAGGAGAGGAGUGUAAGGGGAAAGAAGCAGUGAGAAGAGUAAAUGAGAGUAAGGGAUUAGAUGGGCACAGUGGCGAACACCUGUAAUCCCAGCACUCUGGGAGGCAGAGGCCAGCCUGGUCUACAGAGUGAGUCCAGGACAGCCAAGGCUACACAGAAAAAUCUUAAAAAAAAAAAAAAAAACAGAAAAA